UUGAUUGUGGAUUUGAAGGAAAAUUCUUUCAAUUUGUUAUGCGAGAGUAGUUCUUUAGUGACCGUCGUGCUAACUGCAAUAAUGGAUUAUUAAAAGGGGAAAAAAAAGAAAAAUUUUUUACAUCCAAAUUAUGAAAACGUUGGAAAAUAGUAAAAAUUUUCAAAAUUAGCCUCAAGUUUAGAAAGAAAAAAAAAAUGUUAUUUGGCAAAGUUAUUUCAAGGUGUUUUAGUAUAAAUGUUAAUUAUAGAAAUUGUCGCGCGACAAAAAAUUAAGAACAAAAGAAAUUUGUUUUUAUCUGAUUGACAAUGGCAGCUGGUAUCAGUAACGAAGCCUUCAGUGAGGAAUAUGAGAUUGAUGGAAUUAAUUCAGCAACAAAAUUUCAAACACAAAUGUCGAAAGAAGAAAAAUUAGAUGAAAACGAUGGAGUUUUUGAUAAAGCAAAAACAGGAUUCGAAGUGUUUCUUGAAUCGCAUCAAAAAACAUUAAAAAUAUGUGGCUAUUUGUUACUUAAUCUAAUGGUCGUAACAUACGUGGCCUUCGCGGGUAUUUACUGGCACAAUAAUUCAACAAAUUGUGAAUUGGAAUGGUGUGAUGGAUAUGGCAUGCUUCUUAUAAUCAUUGUGAUAAUCUACUCUAGUUUUUUGUAUCAUUCUCUAUUAAAAAAGUACUUGAGAAAAUUGAUUUGCUCUGGGUUAUUGUCACUUAAUACCAGCAUGAAAACUAAUCGUCACAAACGAUAUCUUCAUUCAUAUGGGCAGGCAUUAAUUUAUUUUACAAUUUUAGUACUAAUAAUAGUAUUUUUAAUUUUUGACACCACUGGUGCACGUGAAAGAUGGAUUAGUUUUGGUGGUAUUUUACUUAUUGUAACAUUUGGUUGGAUUUUCUCAAAACAUCCAAACAAAGUAAAUUGGAAAUCCGUAGUAUCUGGAAUAAUAAUUCAAAUUUUAUUUGGAUUAUUUACCAUAAGAUGGUCAAUUGGACGUGCGAUAUUUCAAUGUAUUUCAAAUAAAGUUGAAACAUUUUUAAAUUUCGUAAAAGUUGGUGCCAAAUUUGCAUAUUCAGAUCAAUUAGUUGACAGUGGAAUUUUCGUCUUUGCCGCACUACCCGCUAUAUUUUUCUUUGGAUUUAUAAUACAAAUGUUGUAUCAUUGUGGUAUUUUACAAAAAGUAAUUUUAAAAUUAGGAUGGUUACUUCAAAAACUCGUUGGAACAACUGCCUGUGAAUCAAUGAAUGCAGCAGGAAAUACUUUCUUAGGAAUGACAGAAUCUAUUUUACUGAUUAAACCUUAUAUGAGUUCUUUGACUAAAUCGGAAAUACACACCAUAAUGUGUUCUGGAUUUGCAUCCGUUUCUGGAACGACAUUAGCUGCUUAUAUAGGAUUUGGGGCAACGCCUUCGAAUUUAAUAACUGCUACUCUAAUGGCUGCACCAGCAUCUCUUGCAUUUUCAAAAUUAUUUUAUCCCGAAACUGAAAAAAGUCAAACUACUUUUAAAGAAUUACCGGAUUAUAAAUCGGAAGAUGCAAGUUUAUUAGAUGCUGGAAUUAGAGGAGCACUUAAUGGAAUACCUAUUGUUUUAGGAAUAACUGCCAAUAUUAUAGCAUUCACAUCAUUUGUUGCAUUUUUAAACGCUCUGCUCUCUUGGAUUGGUGGACUUGUUGGCUACAGUGAAAUGACCUUUGAGUUUCUUCUUUCGCGAACUUUUAUGCCACUAAGUUGGAUCAUGGGAGUACCAUGGGAGAGUUGCGGCGAUGUUGGCAAUUUAAUAGGACUAAAAGUUGCAGUUAAUGAAUUUGUAGCUUAUCAAAAAUUAGGUGAAUACAAAUUAGAAGGGAGACUAUCGCCUAGAACUGAAGCAAUUGCAACUUUUGCAAUUUGUGGUUUUUCAAAUCCUGCAUCAUUGGGAAUAUUUGCUGGUGCAUUAACAACAUUAAUGCCAGAAAAAAGAUCACAAGUUGCUGAAGUUGCUAUAAGAGCUGCAAUUGCCGGAAGUAUCGUUUGUUUUCUCACUGCAUGCACCGCUGGUAUGCUUAUGGAUGAAACUUUUUACUCUGCUCAUUCAAAUGGAACAAAAUCAUAAACUAGAUAAAAAAAAAAUAUUCAUGUGUGUAUAUAUAUAUUUUUUUAGAAGGCAUAUUUGACACCACAAUAAAUAUAACAGAUUUAUACAUAUAUAUAUAAUAAUAAUAAUUGCACUAAAAUA